UAAAUAUCAGAAUACCUAUUACAGUUGCAAGCGAAUUUCCAUUUUUCACUGUUCACUAAUGUCUUAGAUAUUUGUUGCUUUGUUCUUCGCAAUUUCAUCCUUGGAUAGGGAUUAAGGUAUGUGUUGCACUUGCAAACUACAAAUCAUUCCCUUUGCUUGUUUGUAAAACUAAUCAUAGGAUUCCCACGAUUCCCUUUGUCUUUAAGCAAAGUUGUUAGAUUUUUGGUCACCAUCUUAAAACGCUACUUCACCAAUCUUCCUUCUUCUUCAACUUAUCCUUUUGUUUUUCUCCAACUGCUACUUGUUGUUCCUCUUCUUCCAUUCCAUAUUUAUUCUUAACUUUCACAAUUUCUCAUCACACCAUAAUCUUUUUCGAUAGCCACGCCUAUUUGGAACCAGAUGUUCUUGGCAAUUUUUUUAGUUGAAAAUUUGGAGAACUCCAAACUAUUUUUUCAAGGUUGACGAGUUCAUGUUGUUCAACGUUUGCAUGAACAAGUUUGGGUUCACCUUUUUUUUUUAAUAGGAAAGCAGUAGUCAGAAUUUUCUUCAUUGUACCAUAAGAGAAUAAAGGUCUUGUGUUUGGCCAGUCAUCACUUGUCAUCACCCUUUUCUCAUUCAAUUUCAUAAUCUUUUCCUCAAUGAAUACGCGGUAUUAUUUUCCACCGGACUCAUUGUAUGCUUCAGGUAUUCCAGUAUCAUUCUCGUCAGAUUAUCUACCAGGAGAAGCUCGCACUUCUGUAAGCAUUCGAAAUGGAUCAACCCGUGUCACCCCAUCAACUUUCUUGGUUAGAACAGCAAUGAGGAUAUCCAGAGCAAGGUGGUUCGGAUUCUUGAGAAGAGUUUUUCAUUACCAGAACGGCUCAAGAUCUGACCUUGGAUCGAAUCCUUUCAACUCUGCACGCUGGAUUGCUUUGGAGUUUCUAGUUUUGGUUGCUCAAAUUACCAUGAUAACAAUCACUCUGUCGAAUACCAAACAAGAGAAACCAGUUUGGCCACUUCGGAUAUGGAUUGUUGGGUAUGACGUCGGAUGUCUCCUCAGUAUACCGUUGCUGUUCUGGCGUUAUCGACAUCGUUUUGUGGCCCAAGGAGGCCGCAUUUCUGAAACAGAACAGAGGAGCAACGAAGAUUCCAGGAGCUCACUUUUAAUGAACAAGUCCCGAACUUUUCUCGAGCUGUUUUUUGCGAUAUGGUUUGUAAUGGGAAAUGUUUGGGUCUUCGAUAAUAGAUUUGGAUCCUUCAACCGAGCUCCAACGCUCCACGUGCUCUGUAUUUCUAUACUUGCUUGGAACGCAGUAACAUACUCAUUUCCAUUUUUAUUGUUUCUGUUCCUCUGCUGCUGUGUCCCAUUGAUGAGCAAUUUUCUUGGGUAUAACAUGAACAUGGGCUCUUUCGAUAAAGGAGCAUCUGAUUAUCAGAUUUCUAGGUUGCCUAGUUGGAAGUAUAAAGAAGUUGAUGAUAACUUGGAACUUGGUGAUGAUGAUGUUCAUUUCAACUCAGACCAUGAAGAUGAAUGUUGUAUUUGCCUUGCCAAAUACAGAGACAAGGAAGACGUUAGAGAGCUACCUUGUAAUCAUCUGUUUCACCAGAAGUGCGUGGAUCAGUGGCUCAAAAUUUUAUCUUGUUGCCCUCUCUGUAAACAAGAACUAGAAAGAGAAUAAAUAGCAACUAGGAAACUUGCAAAAAGAAUCUUUUGCCAAGAAUUUGUUGUUGAUAGUUUACAGAUUUACAAGGUUAUUUAAGUGGGUUGUCCAUUGUACAGUUGCUAUCCCCAAUAACCAUGACUGUUGUUUUAAGUUUUCUGCCUACCAAUACAGAGUUUCUGAGUGGUUUAUAA